AUGAAAUUUAUUUAUUGUUUUUACAAAAGUCAUGGAAUUAACGAAGAAUUUCACGGUGAAACUAAAACGGAAGCUUCUUUAACUAGAAUUGUCACGGAUGUGAUGAGAUCAUUUUGCAUAACGAAAAAUAAAAAUGUCGUCGAUUCUGUCAUGCUACUACAAAAUAUAUAA